GUUUAAUAAUUUUGGCAUGUGUUGCACAUAUCAAUAGAGUCAUGACUUCACCACAGUGACCUCAAAAAUUCAAAAGAAAUCAAAUUUAGAAACUAGAAGUUGGGAUUUGCCACGUCAUUCAGGGAGGGGGUCAGUGUGAAGUGGCUACGACUAUUUAAAAAAAAAAGAAAAAAAAAAGUGUCCCUAAAGUUUAGGACUUUUUCUCUUACAAAAUUCCAACAUUUGUCCCCAACGGUCUUCACAGUCCCCCGCCAAUUUCGCUUCCCCUCUUCAAUCUUUUCUUUUACUCAGUCUCUCCCUGCUUCCAGUAAAUCCGCACAUUUCCAGACCUUUUCAGAUCCCAAAAAAUGUUCCCCAUAUCACCACUUCCAUUUCUCCUCCCCCUCCUCCUCCUCCAACUCACCGCCACUCUCCUCCUCCUCCUCCUCCUCAUCCUCUUCAAUCUCAACCACUGCAUCACCCUCCUCUCCAACUGCUUUCGAGGUUUUUCGCCUUCCCGGCUCUCUGAUUGGUUCCAAUCUCAUUUUGGUAUCCAAAAAAUGACCCUGAAGGGCACCACCAGCCAGGCCUGCGCCGCGUGCAAGUACCAGCGAAGGAAGUGCAGGGCGGAGUGCCCCUUGGCUCCCUAUUUCCCGCCGGACCAACCCAAAAUGUUCCAAAACGCACACAAGCUUUUCGGAGUCAGCAACAUUUUGAAAAUACUUAAAAAUCUCGAACCUCGCCAGAAGCUGGAGGCCAUGAGGUCCAUCAUAUACCAAGCUAACGUGCGCGACAAGUUUCCGGUCUACGGGUGCUGGGAGGUGAUCUGGCAGCUCCAGUACCAAAUCCUUGUGGCGGAGGAAGAGCUCCAAGCUGUUCAUCAACAGCUGGCAAUGUACAGACAGCACCACCAGCAACAGCACCAGAUUUCGUCCAUGCCGGAAUACGUGACGUCACAGUUAGAGCUAGGGAUGGCUCCGCCCAACAAUCCCCUCCCACUUUUCAUUCACAAUCCUCCCCCUUAUAAUCAUAAUAAUAACAACAAUGCCACCGCGGUGGCUCCAGUAAAUCAAUACCAACAGCAAUCUUACUCUAACAGCAGUGAUGCUGCUUACAGCUCUGCUGCUUAUAAUAUUGACUCCAAAGACAUCAUCAACACCAACACCAAUAACAAUAAUAAUGAUGCUGGAAAUCCGAUGUGGACUUCGAAUCCUUUUAUGACUAACAACAGCAACAACAACAAUAAUAAUUCUGAGGCGAUUCAAUCGGAACUCGGAGUUCUUCAGCCGCUCUCUAUCCAACCUGAAGUUGUUCAAGAUUAUGAUGAGUUGCAUCCGUUCUUUGACACCAUCGAUGAUAGACAGUCAUACAUUGAUUCCAAAGAGGCUUAUGAUUCAAGCUCGGAAGAAUCGUUCAAGGACACAACACGAUCCAUGGAGCAUGCAGAGAAUGCAUUGAAGAAUGCUGCAGCAUGCUUUAGUCUAACCAGUGUCAACUGAUGAUCAGUAAGCAUAAACUAGAUAAAGCAGUGUGGUUGUUGUUCUUCUAUUAUUCGUUUAAUUUCUUUCUGUUACGAAUUUGAUUAUUCACACGAGAAACCAACAAUUUUGUUUUCUUCUUUUUGUUUUUGUUAAUAAAAACCAACAAUACGGAGCUCCUUACUUCUUUUAA